CUGAGUUUUUCUCCAAUUAGCGUGUCGCAUUUUGUUUGUAAAAUACAUUCGAGGUUUUUUUUUUUUUUUCUAAUUUAAUUUGCAGGGGGGAUAUUCCUCGAUGGGUUACACAUUAUUGCUCUACCAAGACGUUGUUAUCUAGUCUCACAUCAAUCUACAUUUAAUUUAUGUCAUCAUUUAGCCGACAAAUGGCAAUGAAUUAAUAAUAAUACUUUUUUUAGAAUAAGUGAUAAUUUUUAUUAAAAAAUAAAACAAAAGUACAAAAUUUCUAUAUGCCGAAUAUGAGUAAAGCUUCUCCAAUGACCAAUUUUUUUUUAUAACAUGAAUGAAUAUGGCAUCAACAUAUGUUUACAUUUUUCUCUGGCUUGACUGUUAUCAAUUUCAACAUUUUUCUCAACUCUGCUCUGUUAUUUUAAAUUUUGUUAUGAUCUCUGCUUCUUCUUUUUUUCUUUUUAAAUUUUGUUAUGAUCUCUUGAAUGUAGUUGCCACGCAAACUGAGAUAUGUUUAAUGUAGUUGCCAUCAUGUGGGGCAAAUAACUUGGAAAGAAGCUGCAGAUAGAGGUCUAAAUCUGGCAAAGAGGUUUGGUCAUUUGAAGGUGAUUCAAAUGUGUUAAACCAGGGCUUGGAAGGUAAGGUUAACAAUGGCUCUUGGUCCAAUCUCCCUAUCAUUCUGGAAAUUACAAGGCUUGCUGACAGUUUUCAAGAAGUGGAAUGGAGUUGGAUCCCUCGUAGCAACAACAAAGCUGCUCAUGGGGAGCUAGAAUUGGCUUCAGAGCGGUGGCGCAAGUUAGCUGGGCUGAGAGGCCACCACCGUCUCUUUUGGGUGUGCUGGAAGCGGAUGGUCUUACGGGGCCUCCCAUCUAAUGUUUUGAUUUUCGGUCCUUUGUCAGUCUCUCCACUUUGCUAUCUUUGGCGCUGUGUGUACUGGCUAAGUUUAGUUUGCUUUGUUUCUGUGGGUCUUUCUUUGUAUGCGCCCUUCUCUUAUUAAUUAAGUUAUCUUGUUUUAGAAUUCUAAUUACUACCUUUUAUAUAGAAUAAUUAUAAUAUGGUGGAAUAUGACAAUAUAUUUUAAAGGUAUGAAAUAUAUUCAAUACCAUGCGACAUAAACUACGAAGAAAAAGAGGAAAGCUCUAUCAGACCAAAAAAGGAAAAAAAGAAGAGAGGAAAGCUCUAUAAAAGCCUCUACACUAAAACCCUAAUUAGCAGAGAGACGAAGCCUCCAUACUUGAUUGCCCUCAAAUUCAGAUUAGGGUUCACAUGGGAGAUAAAGAUUGGAUCAGUGAAUUGCCGGAUGCUCUUCUUUGCCGCAUACUUUCUUUCCUUCCAACAACGAUAUGGGCUGUGAGGACCACCAUUUUGUCUAAAAGGUGGAACAACGUAUGGACUUGUGUUCCCAAUCUCGACUUAGACUGCGGAGGAAAUUUUGGUUACCAUCACUGUGAUCAUGAUCGUUUUGCCAUGUUUGUUGAUCGUGUACUUUGCUCUCGUGACUCAUCAGACAUCAAAAAAUUUCGUCUCAGGACUUGUGUUACUGACUUGGCUCGUGUUGAGGGUUGGAUUUGUACUGCCGUUAGGCGUAAUGUAGUUGAACUUGAACUUGAACUUGAUGUUGGAGAAAAAUACACUUUUGUGUUGCCUAGAAGCGUUUUUAGCUGCAAAACCCUCAAGGUUUUGAAAUUGUAUGGGUCACUUUGUAUUCCUUAUGCUCCUCCUGCUUCACGGUGUUUCCCAAGUCUCAAGUGCCUCCUUGUUUCAGUUAGAAGUCCUGGUUGUAAGAGCUUAAUGGAAAACGUUUUUACAAACUGUCCUGUACUUGAAGAUUUGAGUAUUUCUUACACGAAUCUUCUUGAAAACGAUGCUCCUAUUUAUAAGAUGAAGGUCUCUGCGCCUGAACUGAAGACGUUGAGAAUGAGUUUAAGUGAAAAGUAUCCUGGGGAGAAUGUUUUAAUUGAUGCUCCAAAGCUUGAAAAGCUUGAUGUCCAGACACACUUAGAGGGUGUCUCGAAUUAUUCUUUGGAUGCAAGAUCCCUAGUCAAUGCCAAUAUUGAUUUCGAAGACUAUUAUUUUGCAGACCGAGCUUCCCUUCCCAAACAUGCAAUUGCGCUUUUGGCAGGAAUUUCCAAUGUUAAAUAUCUCUCACUCAAAACUUCUUAUUUAAGGGCUGGGGAACUCCCCUUUUUUCCUAAUUUGAACAAAUUGAAGGUGGUUGUUUACCGUUGCAAAUACUGGGACUUGCUGGCAGUGCUGCUGGAAAACGCACCUAAUUUGGAAGAUCUUGAUUUAGAAGAUGGAACCAUGCGGGAUGAAAAGCAUUCAAAGCUUCACUGGAAGCCACCAAAAGUUGUGCCUAAUUGUUUGAUGUCGCACCUCAAGACUAUUACCCUAUGUCCAUUCAGGGGACAAAAGAUUGAUAUGGAAUUGGCAGAGUAUUUGUUAAACAAUGGUCAUCUUCUGGAUAAGAUUACACUUUAUGCAAGUUAUUUUUGGCAUACGCUAGAUGUAAGGAGGGCACUUCCGAAGUUUAAUAGGGCUUCAAUGACUUGUCAAGUUGAAUACAAGAGGAUAAAUUGCUACUAAGGCAGGGAGUGAAAUUCUGAGGAAAUGUUUUUGCCUCUAGAGAUUGAAUUACACUCUAUUUCUGCCUCAGUGUCUUUUGAGCAUUUAUUUAGUAUAGCGUUUCUUCAUCUCGAUCUUCCUCUUGAUCAGUUCUUCUAAUAAGGACAACGUACGUUGGAUCCCAUGAGUUCUUUUUUCUUUUUCUUUUUUCUCUUGGGGCUAACAUUGUCAUGCAAUUAAUUAUAUGCAGUUUCCUGCCAUUAAGAGAAUAAUCCGACUCAAUAAUAAACAUGAGAAUAAUCACCAAUUCAUUCAGUAUCCACUACUAGAAAACUUCUUCAUAGGCCACUGAUACACUCGUGGCCUAUACUAAUGUCAACCACAAUCUAUCUAUGACUAAAGGGACUUGGCUACGGCUUGACCACAGAUCACAUAAUUCUCAAAGGGCUAUACCACAACAAAGAGUGUACGCGGCCUAUAAGUCGCGCACCUAAUUCUCAAAGGGCUUCAAAUACUUGUCACGCUGAGUUCAACGAUGCUACAUUACAACGCAGCACACAAGUAGCAUUAAUCAAUCUCCUAAAUGGAGUUGUUGUACUAAAGUAAUUAAUCCCCUUGAAAUUGCUUAUAAUUGUUUUAUUUUUCAUAAAAUUGUAUACCAAUUCCUUUGCUUUUCUUUUGAAACCUAAAAUUUUACCGUAUUUAUGUAUACCAAUUCCUUUGAUCCUUUUUUAUAUGAUGGGUAACCCACUCUCUCAUAGAAACAUUAUUUUUCAAAGCAGAAUAUAUAGAAUAAUGGAAAAUUUGUAAUGCUUUCGAAUUCAAAUGUACAGAUGGGCUAACAAUGCUUUGACGUUAUUGCACUUAAAAAACAACAAUGCCUUGAGAAAUUUUUUUUUCUUGGGGCUAACGUUGUCCUUUGCUCAGUCAUACAUGAUUGAAUCAUAUGCAUUUUCCUGCCAUAAAGAGCUAUACGCAAGCUCCUCUAACCCAACUCCAUAACUAACAUGACAAUAAUAGUCAUCAACCAAUUCAGAAUCAGCCGCUGGACAAUCCAUCUCAUACUCACAACAAGAAGAAUCCAUAUACCAAUUCAUGUCAUCGCUUGGUGAGCAAGCCACCUGAUCCACAUCAAACCAUCCCACCUGAUCAAAAUCAACUGAUGAUGACACUGAGCAAUCCUGACCGUCCAAGCCUCCUACAACGUUCGACAA